AUGGCCUUCCUGAUCGAUGGAGACACAGACAUCGCCACAAAAGAAUGUGUCAUUGUGUACACUCGUAUCUUGCAAAAAGGAAGACCAGGGAAUAUACUGAUUGGACACAUUGAGGUCCAGCAUGCCCAUGCCCAAGGAAUUUAUGCUGCCUCAAAGAAAGCAUUUGCUGCUCUUGGGGACCAGUGCAGUAACUGGUUGGAUAAAAUCAUUGCUAUGGGGGCUGAUGGAGCUGCUGUUAAUUUGGGCAACAAAGGGGGUGUCAAAUUACAACUGAGCAUCAAUUGCAAUGGAUCCAACAAUGGCAUCGUCACUCAGGAAAACACUCCAGUGGGAUCUAAGAUUGUUUGUGACAAGGACAGGAGUGUCAUCUCUGUGACCCCGGAGCUUUUCAAAAUCUUUAUAAAAGAGAAUCCUUUCUCAAAAAAGAGAUGGGACACUUGUUCAAUUGUUGGAAGCGGUGGGAUUCUAACAAACAGCGGCUGUGGAAAAAUGAUUGAUUCAGCUGAUUUUGUUAUUAGGUGCAACCUUCCUCCUCUGGAAAAUGAAUUUCACAAUGAUGUCGGCAGGAAGACUAACCUUGUGACAGCAAACCCAAGCAUCUUCAUGCAUAAGUAUGGGUCACUGACGGGACGUCGUGGGGCGUUUGCAGACAGUCUCCAACAGUAUGGCAACUCCCUGCUUCUCUUUCCUUGCUUCUCCUUUGGUUUUACUCGCCCAGUUUGUCAGCGGGCUGUGUAUGCCAUUGAGGACAUGGAUAUUCCUAUCCAACCAAUCUUCAUAAACCCUAGGUAUCUCGAAAGACUGGUCAAAUUCUGGGAAUCUCUGGGGUUAAAGGAAUAUCGACCUAGCACUGGAUUAUAUAUGACUACCCUGGCACUGGAAUUUUGUGAAACGGUGCAUUUGUAUGGAUUCUGGCCAUUUAGUAAUCACCCAGAUAAACUCUUUGCCCUGACUAACCACUACUAUAAUAAUGUACCCUAUAAUAGGAAAGUCCAUGCAAUGCCAAAAGAGUUUUCCCACUUGGUGGAGCUGCAUAAUAAGGGCGUGCUCAAGCUUCACCUUGGAGACUGUAAAUCAGAUCAGGUCUAGUUUGAAUUUUGCAAUAACAAAAGAAUAUGUUCAAGUAUCCAACUGAGAGACCAAGACAUUUGCACUCAAAUCCAAAUGUAUUAGAGAGAUGUACACUACUUAUUAUUUCAACAGUCUUUCUUUUAAUUAUUGUUCCAUUUCAUGUGU